UGAGAACAGGAUAAGUAGCUCUGACGUAACGGAGGGGGGAUAGCAGUGGGCCCACCGCCAGGUGUCGUUUGCACAUCUUGAGGAGGGGGUAGCCAUGACGCGGGAGCCGAUCUGAGGCCCUGGUUUGGCCGAGGCAUCAAUUCGGUUAACGCAACAUAACUGGACGUUUCAGCACAAAGACGGGGCGCAUUGCACCGCUGACCACAGCCAGCGGCCGCGACUCGGGUAAAUUGUACUGAAUCCUGAAGCGCCCUGCCCUUUGUAUGUCUGAAGGAUUCCUUCGAAUGUCUCUUGGGAGACGGACAUAGGUAUCUGUCGAGAUGGAUUCCUGUUUGUCUGGACCAAGGGGCAUGACACUCCACGCAUCUGCAUGAAGGCUCUUUGGAAGUACGGGCUGCAAAGACUGACACUGUAGAUAGGCACAGACCAGGAUCGACCUCUGUGAGUCGGUCUCGCUGAGCAGGGACCCCCCCCCCCCCUUUUCUCUCAGGCCGGCAGCCUGCCCUCCCCAGCAGCUGUCAGAAUGGCCUGGUACAUCUUUCCCCUGAACAACCUGCUCUGUAUGCUUCUGGGCAUUUCCUUCACUGUGUGGUUCACCCUGCUGCUUGUUUUUAUCAUCGUCCCCGCCAUUUUUGGUGUGUCCUUCGGCAUCCGCCGACUCUACAUGAAGACCCUGCUCAAGAUCUUUGAGUGGGCAACUCUGCGGAUGGAGAGGGGAGCCAAGGAGAGGAAUCACCCCCUAUACAAACCCUAUAGUAAUGGCAUUAUCGCCAAGGAGCCGACCUCCCUGGAGGAGGAGAUUCAAGAGGUGCGGCGUAGCGCCAGCCCUCGGGAGCUGGGCUCCGGCGGCGCGGCCGAGUUCGACGUGUCUGAUAUCUUCUGCUUCUGCCGGCGUGGGGUGGAGAGCAUCGUGGACGACGAGGUGACCAAGCGCUUCUCUGCCGAGGAGCUGGAGUCCUGGAACCUGCUGACGCGCAGUAGCUGCCACUUCCAGCACCUCAGCCUGAGGCUGACUGUGCUGUGGGGCCUGGGGGUGCUCAUUCGCUAUGGCUUCCUGCUGCCGCUACGGGUAACUCUGGCCUUCACAGGAGUGGGUCUCCUAGUGGCGCUGACCACAAUGGUUGGCCUUCUGCCCAGCGGGAGGCUGAAGAACACCCUCUCUGAGAAGAUUCACCUCAUGUGCUACCGGAUCUGUACACGGGCCUUGACCGCUAUUAUCACUUAUCAUGACAGUGAGAACAAACCCAAGAACGGUGGCAUCUGUGUAGCCAAUCACACAUCUCCCAUUGACGUCAUCAUCUUGGCCAGUGAUGGCUGCUAUGCAAUGGUGGGCCAGGUGCAUGGGGGGCUGAUGGGGAUCAUUCAGAGGGCCAUGGUCAAGGCCUGUCCCCACAUCUGGUUUGAACGCUCUGAAGUGAAAGACCGACACCUGGUGGCCAAAAGGCUGAGUGACCAUGUGGAGGACAGGACUAAACUGCCUAUCCUCAUAUUCCCUGAAGGGACCUGUAUCAACAACACGUCCGUGAUGAUGUUUAAAAAGGGCAGCUUUGAGAUCGGUUCCACCGUGUACCCUGUGGCCAUCAAGUACGACCCCCGGUUUGGUGAUGCGUUCUGGAACAGCAGCAAGUUCGGCAUGGUGGCCUACCUCCUGAGGAUGAUGAGCAGCUGGGCCAUUGUGUGCAGUGUCUGGUACCUGCCCCCCAUGCAGCGAGAGGAUGGGGAGGAUGCCGUGCAGUUUGCCAACAGAGUCAAAGCAGCUAUCGCCCGCAAGGGGGGCCUGGUGGACCUGCUGUGGGAUGGUGGACUGAAGCGAGGGAAGGUGAAGGACGUGUUCAAGGAGGAGCAGCAGAAGCUCUACAGCAAGACGCUGGUGGGGAACCAUGAGGACCGCGGCCGCUCGUGAGGAAGGAAGCAAGAGCGCCACCUAUGGGUCCUGUGCUCCAGUCAGCAGUCAUCCUGCCAUCGUUGCCCCAAAGUCCCAGUGGGCCUGUAGCGAUAAAACCUCCUUCAGCAUGGUUUUUUUUUUUUUUUUUUUUUUUUUAAAUUGUCCUUAUUUUAAUCUUCCAUUUGUCCUUCCGUUUGUCACGCACAAAAUCCCACGGGUUUACCUCGCAAUGCUAUCAGCAGACUGAUAUUCUGCCUAUGGGUCAGCUGACUGUGUAUUUUUUUAUUUUAUUUUUUUCCCCCUUCACCUACUGGAUUUGGUCUGUUGUUCUGUUACGUUUUUAAUAUGUCACUGUUCUUAUUAACUUUGCUCUUGGGGCAAACGUCAUGAAUGUUAAUGUUUAUUAUCAUUAACGCAGUGGGUGGUAAUGGGCUUAUGUAGGCCAGUAUCCAAGUGGAGGGAAUGACACCCUGACUACUCAGAGAUGACCUUCUGCACAAGCCUGGCUUUCCUGUACUUGGAUGUCCUAGCAGUAAAAUGGGCGCACUUUUGGAAUUAUGUUUAGGACUUCCUUACGUUCAUUUUGUAAAAUAAGUACACAGUCUUGUUUAGACUUCUAUGGCCUCGGGAAACAACCUCAAUGCCUCUUAACCAGAGCUGGUUAGUUUGGUUGGGUUGGAUAACCUGAAAAUGACCUAUAAUGUUGAUCUGAUUCACUACUCGGUCAUUCCUGUACUAUAGUAUUAGCCUGUAAUUACGACCAAGCUUACGCUGUGAAAAUUGCAUUAAAUUUGUUUUUCAUAAUGUAAUGUGUUGUAAUAUGAUGAUAGCUUGCUUGUAUAGGUGCCUUACAGUGAUGUAUACCAUUGACUGAAUCUUGCCUAAAAUUACUUCACAAUAGAGA